UGUCCCAUGGAUCCAAUGCUCCUUCUACUGUUCUCCCUGCACUUUUUCCCGGAAUUUUCGCAGAAAAAUUCUGCAAAAGAUUUUCUCUUUUCUUCUCCUAGUGCUGGCUGUUGAUUGAUUCUCCUCCAUAGCUACCUUGCAGUUGUACAUCUAAUAAAUCUUCAACAUUUAGAAUCCUUUAUACCUUAACUUCUGAAAGAUAAAAACCCCAAAACCUUUUAAGAUGUGGGUGGACUUGAUCUAUAGAUUAAAGUCUUCAUCUAUUUUAUUCAAAUCUUUUUAAUGAAGUGAACGGCCCAUUUAUUUAUUUUAUAAAAAAGCAAAGAGCUUGUUCUUCCUUCACCUUAAUCACUCCCCUUUUCGUUGUUACGUGUGAAAAAGGCAUCGACAUAAAUGAACAGGGUGUAUUCUGUUUUCUCAUGAUCCACUUGCUUGGUACGGUUUUGUUUUCCACAGAAAACAAACAUAUAUUAAUAUAUUAACACACGGCCUGAUUCGCCUCCAACAGGUGUCCUUUUACUUACCAUAUAUAGCUUCUUUAAGAAUAAAUUGAGUUGUUGAUAAGACACAUCAGAUAAAUCAGUGAAGUUUUUGGGUGCACUUGACUGGUCAUAGCAAGAGAUUACAGUCACAUGGAGGCAACCUUUACUCUAACGCUCAUAGAAGCUGUAUUGAUUUUGCUGGCUAUAGCAAUUUCUAAAGCUAUCACAUUAAUCUCUCCACUUGAUCAUAGUCGUAAAGAUGCUGUUGAUUCGAUUCCCACGGUUUCUUGUCCUUCUCUUAUCAUUGGUGCUCCCCCUGCAAUCAAGUAUGACGUGUUUCUUAGCUUCAGAGGGGAAGACACUCGCCAUACCUUUUCUAGUUAUCUCUAUGAAGCACUUGACCAAGUGGGCCUUCAUACUUUUAUGGAUCACAAGCUCUAUAAAGGAGAUCAUAUCUCACUGAUUCUUCUGAAAACAAUAGAGAAAUCAGAGAUAUCUUUGAUCAUUUUCUCUAAGGAUUAUGCUUCUUCAACAUGGUGUAUGGAUGAGCUCGUUCACAUUAUGAAAUGUAAAGAUAAGUACGGAAGGCUUGUCGUCCCAAUUUUCUACAACGUAGAUCCAUCAAAUAUUCGGAAACAGGAUGGGAGAUUUGGAGAUGGAUUUGCCAAGCUCAAGCAGAGAUUUAAGCACGACCAAAAAAGAGUGCAGGAUUGGAAAAAUGCUUUGAUCAAAUCGGCAAGUCUAUCUGGGUGGGAUUCAGAGAAUUUCAGGCCUGAAUUUGAACUUGUCAAAAAGAUUGUCAAAGAUGUUUUGAGCAAGCUAAAUCGUAGGUCAUCCUUUCAUGUGGAUGGAUUAGUUGGGAUUGAUCGUCAGAUUCAGGAAGUUGAAGAGCUACUGAGUAAUGCUCGCAUUGUGGGAAUAUGGGGUAUGGGUGGUAUAGGCAAGACCACUCUUGCUAGUGCUUUAUUUGACAAGUUGAAAGCUGAGUUUGAAGCUUCCUAUUUUGUUAAAGAUGUAAGACAACUGCUGGAAAAGAAUGGGUUGGAAGAAUUACAGGAAAAAUGCCUUAAAGCAUUAUUAAAGGAUGAGGAUAUUAACACUUAUAAUUUGAGAUCUGAUUUUGUGAGAAGGAGGCUUCACCAUAAAAAAAUUCUUUUCGUACUUGAUGAUGUGGACGAUUUUAUGGCAACUGAAGAUUUGAUCAAAGCAUGUGGUUGGUUUGGGGAAGGAAGUAAAAUUAUUAUCACAUCUAGAGACAUGCAAGUGCUUAAGCAUGCUUCUGCAUUUCUAACAUAUCGUGUUCCAACAAUGUAUCCCCAUGAUGCUCUUCAUCUCUUUAGUUUGAAAGCUUUUAAGCAAAAUCGGCCGUUCAAAAACUACUUGGACUUAUCACAGCGGGCAGUGUAUUACUGUCAUGGAAAUCCUUUAGCUCUAAAAGUGCUGGGUUGCUUUCUUCAUGGCAGAGAAAAAGAAGUAUGGGAAAGUGCUCUGGCAAAACUAAAUCAUACUCUUCACAACGGCAUUUUUAAAGUGUUGAAGUUGAGCUUUGAUGGACUUGAUGAUCAUCAGAAGAAUGUAUUUCUUGACCUAGCAUUUUUUUCGAACGAACGGUGGAUUUCUCUGAACUAUGCAAGAGCCUCAUAUGCAAAUAUUGACAUAGAUGAACUUGAAAAGAGAUCCCUCAUUUCAGAGGAUGGACAUGGUAAUAUUGGGAUGCAUGCUCUAUUAGUGGAGAUGGGGCUUGAAAUUUCUCGGCAACAAUUAAUAUCUAACUCUGAAAAACCCAUUCGAAUUUGGAGACCCCAGGAUAUUUAUCAUUUCUUCAACAAUGACAAGGGGAUUGGGGCAAUUCGAUGCAUGUCAUUGGAUGCAAGCAAGAUAAAAAGCAUCGCAUUGAGGGCUAGUCAUUUUCAAAGGAUGUAUGAUUUAAUAUUCCUUAAUGUUUACAAGUCUGAUCAAAGAAAGCCUUCAAAGUUGAAUAUUUGUGAAGAGUUGGUUUAUCUUUCAGAAGAAUUAAGGUUUCUUCGUUGGGAAGAAUAUCCAAUGCCAUCUGUGCCAUUACAAUUUUGUGCUGAGAAUCUCAUUAAACUUGAUUUGCCUGGGAGUAAUAUCCAACAGCUUUGUGAUGUCAAUCAGCAAUUUCCAAAUCUAAAGGAAAUACGUCUAAAUGAUUCAAAAAAUCUCAUGGCACUUCCAGAUUUGUCUCAAGUCCCGGAGAUUGGGCAAAUGGUUCUUAAUGGUUGUGUGAAUUUACAUCAAAUCCAUUCUUCAACUGUCCCGGAAAAUCUUUUCCAUUUAUUCGUAGAAGAUUGUGGGCCAAUGAAGAUAAAUGUUGGGGGCAGUAUGAAAGGGAGAAGUUCAUCAGGGUUAGUGAUUGUGUACAAUUAUUUGGAUGUCCCCAAUUUGACAUUCAAUAAAGUGACAAUGAAGGUGUUGGUAUGUGGCAAGAUGAUGUGUGGUGUUGGAUUUAAGCAUGUGAGAAUGCCAUUGGGAGAGACGGCGGAAUUCAUGAGAAUGGGAAUACAAAGUUUGGCGACUUUACUUCCAUUUGUGAGGGUAGUUGAAUUGUUAGAGAGUCCAAUUGAGUUUGGGCAUGAUUUCAAGCAACAUCAUACCUACCAUGUUUGUCAUGCAUACAUUGGUCCUUUAAGCUGGAAUGACUUCAGGCUUUAUGUAAAGGUGAGGGGUGAUGGAGAAGAAAGGGGUGUGGAAGAUGAUGAAGAAAAGGAUGAGGAUGAUACAGAAAUUAUUAGUGAGAAUGAAAGAGAAAUAAGUAGUAAAGCUGAUUGUGUAGCAGAGACAACAUUAUUAUUAAUGGAAGAUGAACAAGAAGGGGCCGAUGAGGAUGAUAGUAAGAGGGACGAUACAUUAUUAACAACACUACUUAUUCCUAACAGCAUCCCUCGCUGGUCAUUGUUGGUUCGACUGACAUUAAAAGAGAGUGAUAUUAUUAUUGGGAAUAAUAAUACAGGUUGUAGCAUCAUCCCUCAAGCUUCAAUAAUCCUCAAAUCACUUAAUGAAGAUUGCAGAAGGAGGAUUCAGCCUCUCUUGGCAGUACAACUCUCUUCCCCAGUAUCCCCUUUACCUCAUCAUUCUUUCACAGUCCGUUAUAACUACUUGGAGGGUGCGCCACACGAUCCUUCUUUUCUUUAUUUCAGCAGUGAAUACUGGUCAAGUGAUUAUUUUGAUAGUCAUGGCUUAAUUGUUCACUUUUUCAAGAACCACUAA